AUGAGAAAUCACACAGCAAUAACCACAUUCAUUCUCCUGGGAUUAACAGAUGACCCACAACUGCAGGUUCUUAUUUUUAUACUUCUCCUUAUCACAUAUGUGUUGAGCGCUGUUGGAAACCUGACUAUACUCAUUCUCACACUGGUGGAUUCUCACCUUAAAACUGCCAUGUACUAUUUUCUGCAAAACUUCUCCUUCUUAGAAAUCUCAUUCACUUCUGCCUGUAUUCCUAGAUUCCUAUACAGUAUAGCAACAGGUGACCGCACCAUUUCAUAUAACGCUUGUGCAUGUCAACUAUUUUUUACAGACUUAUUUGGAAUAGUAGAAUUCUUUCUUCUGGCAACGAUGUCCUAUGACCGUUAUGUAGCCAUCUGCAAACCCCUUCAUUACACGACUAUCAUGAAUCACGUAGUCUGCAAAAGACUAAUCUCUGGCUGUUGGAUCAUUACACUUUUGAUUAUAUUUCCACCUCUUACUUUGGGACUUGGAUUGGAAUUCUGUGACUCUAAUAUCAUUGAUCACUUUGCCUGUGAUGCUAAACCUAUUUUGAAGAUUUCAUGCUCUGAUACAGAGUUCAUAGAGAAAAUGGUUCUCUUUUUCUCAGCAUUUAUUCUAAUAGUGACUUUAAUGUUUGUAGUUUGGUCCUAUGCAAGUAUUAUUAAAACAAUUCUUAGAUUUCCCUCUGCUCAACAAAAGAAAAAGGCAUUUUCUACGUGUUCCUCUCACAUCAUUGUAGUUUCUAUAACUUAUGGAAGCUGUAUCUUCAUCUAUAUCAAACCUUCUGCAAAGGAUGAAAUGGCCACAAAUAAAGGAGUAUCAGUUUUAACUACUUCCAUCUCCCCUAUGUUAAAUCCAUUUAUUUACACUCUGAGGAACAAACAAGUAAAACAAGCCAUAAAUGACCUAGCUAAAAAAUUACUGUUCUCAAGACAUUAA